AACUCUUAUCAUCCCAAACUGAAAUGCUAUCUCCAAUGAAAAGUAACUGAUGUCCUUUUCUCCCUGCCUCCUUUUUCAUGUCUCAUUCUUGGGAACCACCUUUCUAUUUUUCUCUCACUACAAUAACUCUAGAAACCUCAUGUAAGUAAAAUCAUUAAUGUUUGUACCUCUGUUUCUGGCUUAUUUCAUUUAUCUAAAUCACUUAACACCCUGGUUAUUCAGUAGCUGGAUUCUAAUUUUCAUUCUAGAUUCUAUAUUUUAGAAUAAAUGUCUACCUUUGUACUUGAUAUUUUUUUUUCACUUAAUGCUUAAGGGCAUUUCAUUCUAGGAAAUUAUAAACUCAGAGAUCAUAAGGACAAUUUAGUCUACUACUGGGUCUCCCAUACAGAACUUUAUUGGUCUAUUAAGUGUCUUCAGUUUGUGAAUAUUUUCAUUUCAAUUAUAGUUCAUGAAUUUUAGACCCUUUGCAAAGUUCCAUUUAGUCUUAACGGGAGCAUAAAAUAAAUAGAACUCAGGAAUCAAACUUGAAGGGAAGUUUACUUUCUGAGGAUGUKAUAUGAAAGCUCUCUUUUUUGAUACAAGGUAAUUUCUCUUGAGAUAGAGAAAUCCGCUCUACUUUAAAAGAACACCCCACCGCUUAUCUUUCAGGUGGUUGGAAAGUAUCCGAGAGCUGUCAAAGUUACUUCAAGUUUUGUCUUGGGGGGGCAUCCCUAGGUCAUUAGGAUUUUGUCUGUAAGUGGAGUAAUUUUGGAGAGGACACUAAUCCUUUGGAGAGUUAGUGGUUUAGCUUAGGGUAGCCCGUGUUUUCCAAUCUUGUCCACACCACGCAGUAUAAGGUUUCGGUAGGAUACUAAGGUAAACAUGACCGCUCUCAAGAGGCUCUCCACCCCGCUUAUUCUUUCCAGCGACAGCCCUCACACUGAGGAGCUGAAGCUCUCGCAGAUUCUGUCUUUCAGAUCCGUAAUCAGGUUUCGUCUUUAGCCUUUAAGAGAGCCACAAGGUAAAACGGAACCAGGCACGCAAACCACGCAGACACGCACAAACCAAACCAUCCUACUUGUCCAGGGCGCACUCCGCCGAAUUUACGUCUCUUCCCGACAGUCUCCGGGAGUCACCGCGAGACUUCAUUAAUUCUCGCGAGAUUUAUCGGCAGCCAUCUUCUUGGGGGUGCUGGGAGCCGGGAAGACCCCCCGAAUCGUUCCCAUUGAGCUGCCCUUCGUCUUCGCUUUUUUUACUUUUGUCUCUUGCGUUGCCAACAAGCACCUAGUCCCGAAGCUCAGAGGAAGCCCGGGUCUAAGCGCGUUUCGCGCUCCCGGUUCUGGAAGACUCGCUGGGGAGUAGGGAAGGGGGAGGGCCCGGGCAAACCGUUGCUGCCUCAGCCCAGGCCGGGGUCCGGGAAGGGGGAGCUCCUAGCACCCCGAGGACUCGCGGCCUGCGGCGAUCCUCCGCGGAGCUGUUCGCCGAUCGGGGCUCGCGGGAACCUGCCACCGGCGCCUCCCACCGCGGCCCGCGCGGGCGGCGCGCGGAGGAGGGGGCGGGGGCAGCGGCGGCCGUAGCGGCCGCGACCUGGGCGGGCGGAGGAGUGUGACGGGCCUCGGGGCCCCUGUGGAUGGUUUCUAAAAUGAUCAUUGAAAACUUCGAGGCACUCAAGUCCUGGCUCAGCAAGACUCUCGAACCCAUAUUAAGAGGAGGUUUUACUGCCAUGCUGGAAUUUGGAUAUUUUGGAAAAUUGGAGAAGAUUAAAGUAGGAGCAACUCGAUCAGAUAUUUUUUCAAGAAUGUUGCUAAUGGACCAGAUUUUCUUCAUGUACUUCCAAACAGUGUCACAACAGAUGGAAUGCAGAAGUAUUGAUCUGCCUUCUAUUAACAGGACAUUUAAAGUGCCAUUGUGUGUGGCAAAAUAUGUGUUGGCUUUGGUAAAGAAAGACAAAAGUGAAAAAGAGUUAAAGGCAUUAUGUAUUGAUCAGCUGGAUGUAUUUCUUCAAAAAGAGACACAGAUAUUUGUGGAAAAACUUUUUGAUGCUGUGAAUACAAAAAGUUAUCUACCUCCUCCAGAGCAGCCAUCAUCAGGAAGCCUGAAGGUAGAGUUUUUUCAGCACCAAGAAAAAGAUAUAAAAAAAGAAGAGAUUACAAAAGAAGAAGAGCGAGAGAAGAAGUUUUCCAGAAGGCUAAAUCACAGUCCUCCCCAGUCAAGUUCCCGAUACAGAGAAAAUAGAAGUCGUGAUGAGAGGAAAAAAGAUGAUCGUUCUCGCAAAAGAGAUUAUGAUCGAAACCCUCCUCGAAGAGAUUCAUACAGAGACCGGUACAAUAGAAGACGAGGGCGAAGUCGCAGUUACAGCAGGAGUCGAAGUCGGAGUUGGAGUAAAGAAAGGCUUCGMGACAGAGAUAGAGAUAGAAGCAGGACUAGAAGCAGAAGCAGAACACGAAGCAGGGAAAGGGAUCUAGUAAAACCUAAAUACGACCUGGAUAGAGCAGAUCCAUUAGAAAAUAAUUAUACUCCAGUGUCUUCGGUACCCAAUAUCUCUUCUGGCCACUAUCCUGUACCUACUUUGAGCAGCACCAUUACCGUAAUUGCACCCACUCAUCAUGGUAAUAACACUACUGAAAGUUGGUCUGAAUUUCAUGAAGACCAGGUGGACCAUAACUCUUUUGUAAGACCACCAAUGCCAAAGAAAAGGUGUAGAGACUAUGAUGAAAAGGGUUUUUGUAUGAGAGGAGACAUGUGCCCUUUUGAUCAUGGAAGUGACCCAGUAGUUGUAGAAGAUGUCAAUCUUCCUGGCAUGUUGCCUUUCCCAGCACAGCCUCCUGUUGUUGAAGGACCACCUCCUCCUGGACUCCCCCCACCUCCACCAAUUCUUACACCCCCACCUGUGAAUCUCAGACCCCCAGUGCCACCUCCAGGUCCAUUACCACCCAGUCUCCCACCUGUAACAGGACCACCACCUCCACUUCCUCCUUUGCAGCCAUCUGGCAUGGAUGCUCCCCCAAACUCUGCAACCAGUUCUGUUCCUACUGUAGUAACAACUGGCAUUCAUCACCAACCUCCUCCUGCUCCACCCUCUCUUUUUACUGCAGUUUUUGUAUUACCAGAUACAUAUGACACAGAUGGCUACAAUCCUGAAGCCCCAAGCAUAACAAACACUUCCAGACCUAUGUAUAGACACAGAGUGCAUGCACAAAGGCCUAACUUGAUAGGACUAACAUCAGGGGAUAUGGAUUUACCACCAAGAGAAAAGCCUCCUAAUAAAAGCAGUAUGAGGAUAGUAGUGGAUUCAGAAUCAAGGAAAAGAACCAUAGGUUCCGGAGAACCUGGAGUUCCUACAAAGAAGACUUGGUUUGAUAAGCCAAAUUUUAAUAGAACAAACAGCCCAGGCUUCCAGAAGAAGGUUCAGUUUGGAAAUGAAAAUACCAAACUUGAACUUAGAAAAGUUCCUCCAGAAUUAAAUAAUAUCAGCAAACUUAAUGAACAUUUUAGUCGAUUUGGAACAUUGGUUAACUUACAGGUUGCAUAUAAUGGUGAUCCUGAAGGUGCCCUUAUCCAAUUUGCAACAUAUGAAGAAGCAAAGAAAGCAAUAUCGAGUACAGAAGCAGUUUUAAAUAAUCGCUUUAUUAAGGUUUAUUGGCACAGAGAAGGAAGCACCCAGCAGUUACAAACUACUUCUCCAAAGGUAAUGCCACCUUUAGUCCAGCAGCCCAUUUUGCCUGUUGUGAAGCAGUCAGUUAAAGAGCGACUGGGCCCGGUACCUUCAACUACUGUUGAACCAGCAGAAGCCCAGAGUGCUAGUUCAGACCUUCCUCAGAAUGUAACUAAGUUAUCUGUGAAGGACAGGUUGGGUUUUGUAUCAAAGCCAUCUGUUUCAGCAACUGAAAAGGUAUUGUCUACAUCUACUGGCCUAACAAAAACGGUGUAUAAUCCAGCUGCUUUGAAGGCUGCACAAAAAGCCUUACUUGUUUCCACCCCUGCAGUUGAUAAUAAUGAAGCACAGAAAAAAAAACAGGAGGCACUGAAACUGCAGCAGGACGUCAGGAAAAGGAAACAAGAAAUUUUAGAAAAGCACAUUGAAACACAGAAGAUGUUAAUUUCAAAGUUAGAGAAAAAUAAAGCAAUGAAGUCUGAAGAUAAAGCAGAAAUAAUGAAGACUUUAGAGGUUUUGACAAAAAAUAUUACCAAGUUGAAAGAUGAGGUGAAAGCUACUUCUCCUGGACGUUGUCUUCCAAAAAGUAUAAAAACCAAGACUCAGAUGCAGAAAGAAUUACUUGACACAGAAUUGGAUUUAUAUAAGAAGAUGCAAGCUGGGGAAGAAGUCACUGAACUUAGGAGAAAGUAUACAGAAUUACAGCUGGAAGCUGCAAAACGAGGGAUUCUUUCAUCUGGUCGGGGUAGAGGAAUUCAUUCAAGAGGUCGAGGUGCCACUCAUGGCCGAGGCAGGGGUCGAGGUCGCGGACGAGGUGUGCCUGGUCAUGCUGUGGUGGAUCAUCGUCCAAGAGCAUUGGAGAUUUCAGCAUUUACAGAGAGUGAUAGAGAAGAUCUUCUUCCUCAUUUUGCGCAAUAUGGUGAAAUUGAAGAUUGUCAGAUUGAUGACUCUUCACUUCAUGCAGUAAUUACAUUCAAGACAAGAGCAGAAGCAGAAGCAGCUGCAGUUCAUGGAGCUCGUUUUAAAGGGCAGGAUCUAAAACUGGCAUGGAAUAAACCAAUAACUAAUAUUUCAGCUGUGGAAACAGAAGAUGUUGAACCUGAUGAAGAGGAAUUUCAGGAAGAGUCUUUGGUGGAUGACUCAUUACUUCAAGAUGAUGAUGAAGAAGAAGAGGACAAUGAAUCUCGUUCUUGGAGAAGAUGAUUUGACUGAUCAUUGAUCGGCAUAUGCUAGAACUCUACCUGUGUUUCAUUAGUAUUAUCUAAUGUACUUUUACAUAUUUGUAAAAACAAUUUUUUGGUAAAAUGUGAUGAAGAUGGAUUUCACAAAUAGACAAAAGAGAAGAAAACUACCUUCUGAUCCUGUAUUUUGAAAGAUUGAUGUUUGCAUUUUAUUUCAGUAAACAAUUGCUAAAGACAUCACACUAGAACAUAUGCAAUGUUUUUAUUACAUACUUCUACUGAACAUUACAGAAUUCUUUGGGUUCUUUGUAAUUUAAUGAAUAGGUCUGAAAAAAUAUGACCCAAUACUUGUUAUAAUUUAGAGGAUUUUGUUUUACUCCAAAUAAGGAAUGAAUUUGCAUUUAAAAUCUUAAUGAAUGUUUUCAAAAUGAAUAGAUAACAUAGUACUCUAACUAAAGUCUCCAAGUUAUGUAUUCAUAAUAUUACAUAGUAGUAUGCUUAGGCUUUACUAUGUAUUAGCCUUUUGUUGGACUUGUGUAUGUAUUUUAUCACAUGGGUUUUAAUGAUAAUGGUGUAUGACUGCUUUACAUAUGAGUCCUUAUGCAUCUGGAUGUUAAAAAUAAAGUGGAAUGGUCUCUUAAAAAGAAAAGAAAAGAAAAAAGUGACAAAAAGAAAAAAAAGUCCAAGACAAUGUUCCUUGAUUUAAAAAAAAAAA